UUCAUUGAAUCUUCUCUCUUAUGUUAUAUUUUAUAUAUAUAUAGGGCAAUGAAACUUACAACGGCAUAGACAAAUAAAACGGAGUAAGUAUAUAGACUACUACUUAUAUCAAUUACUGCUGUCGAUGCUGUAGCUUUGAAAAUGUCGUUCAACGGUAGACUCGUAGGAAAAGCUGCGCUUGUAACAGGAGGAGCGAGCGGUAUCGGACGCUCCGUUUGCCAGGUGUUUGCACGAGAUGGGGCCAGUGUGGCUAUUGUAGAUAUCAACGAGGAAGGCAUAAGGGAAACUCAAUCAAGUCUCGCGACCGAUCACGGUAAUGCACAUUUCGCAAUCAAAGCUAACGCCACUUCAUCAAAAGAAACGAAACAAGCUUUCUGUACAGCGGAAGAACAGUUGGGCAAAAAGAUUUCAAUCGUGGUGAAUUGUGCUGGAAUAGUUCGAAUGGCAUCAUUUGAUGAAAUGUCUGAAAGUCAAUUCGAUGAUGUUAUCAACGUUAACCUGAAAGGUACCUUUCUGGUGUCACAAGAGUUUGUUGCGUCUUUCAAAACUCCGAACGCAGAAACCACCCGUGGAUCAUUGAUAAAUAUGUCAAGUAUCGCUGGAAUUCGUGGAUUCCGGACGAUUUCAAGUUACAGUGCUUCGAAAUUUGGGGUGAUCGGUUUGACUAAAUCGAUUGCAAUGGAGUACCCUCGCCUCAGAGUGCGCAGUAACGCAGUUUUGCCUGGAUUGAUAGACACUCCUUUAACGAAGAAUACAGACGAUAGCACUAGGAAGACCCAUUUACAGAGAAUACCUAUGGGACGAACAGGAAGGUCAGAAGAAAUGGCGAACGCUUGCUUGUUCCUUGCUUCAGAUGAAAGCUCUUAUGUAAAUGGGGCGUGUCUAGAAGUAUCCGGUGGAUAUUACUGUUAACCAAGAAGACGAAAUAAUUUUAUUAUUCUAUAUCUGACUGUUUAAUCACAUCAAAAUCUUAUUCAUUAUACACAUUUGAUUGUAGAAAAUAAAUGGUAUUGCAGUUACAAUUCUCAUAAUAAACCCGUAUCCAAUCAUAGGCUCAAGCAGUAGUAUAUUUUCCUACCUAUGGGUUUUUCCUAUUCUGAAAAAGAGCGAAAUACUGAUUACCAGGAUAUACAAGGUUUUGCUUUAUGCUGAAAGACAUCAGAACAAUUAUUCAAAUUUUGUUUUCUAUUCAAACAAGAAUAUAGAAAUUUCUCAUUGGUACAAGUGAGAAACUGUGAAAUAUUGCGACUAUGAAUGAAAACUCUUAUAUAAACGGCGCGUGUCUAUAAGAAACCAGUGGAUAUCAGAGUUAAAUCAGAAGAUGGAGAAGAUUUUAUUAUGCCAUGCCUAUCCAGUUUGAUCAAUUUAACCCAGUUUUAAUAAUGAAAUGUAAAUUUGAAAUCUUAUUCAUUAUAAACAUUUACGGUAAUUGCAGAAAAUAAAAUAUUGAGAUUGCAGUUCCAAUAAUAAACACGUAUUGCAUCUGAAGCUUGAGGAGUAAUAUAUUUCAUCGUAUAUAGCUAGAUUAGUAUAGGUUCUUCCUAUCCCGAGGAAAAGCAAAACCCUGAUUAUCAGGAUAUACCGGGUUUUGGAUUUGGAUAAAAGGCAUCAGAACAUUAAAAAAACUUUUCAUUCGAACAAGAAUAUUGGAAUUUCUCGUUGCUACAUGUAAAAAAACAGAAAUAUUGCGACUAGAAAAUUAGCAUUUACCAAAUACCAAUGGUGGUUGGUGGCUGCCCGUAUGAAAUGAUGUAUGUCGUAUAUAAUGAUAACACUAAAACUAAUAUACUCUUUUCCGCAUUGAGCAUAACAAAGCCAAGCCUUUAUGUGGAACAUAAAAAUUCUUUGCAAACAAGUUUGCACACAAUAAAUGUAAAUGGG